AUGGCGAGUGUCAGAAAUGGAAUCGGGGGAUGGAGCGGCGGCGGCGGCGGCGGCGGCGAGGAGGAAAACUUUGAAGAUGCCUUUGAACACAUCCCAGUGGCUGCAAAAAUGGACAUAAAAUGUGCUUUGGAAGAGUGCUCAGUGGCAAUAAAUUUAUUUCUUAAUAAUAAAUUUUCAGAAUCUCUGGAUUUACUUCGACCAUGGUCUAAAGAUAGCCUGUACCAUGCCCUAGGUUAUAGUACUAUAUUAGUUGUUCAAGCAGCAAUGACAUUUGAACAACAGGAUAUCCAGAUGGGACUUUCUACAGUGAAAGAAGCUUUACAAACCUGUCAAAAGUUUAGAAAAAGAAACACAGUGGUGGAAUCAUUAUCCAAUUUAGUUUCAAAACAGCCUGUAGAUCAGCUGAGUGAAGACGAAAUGCAUGCAGAACUCUGUUACGCUGAAUGUUUACUGCAGAAAGCAGUCUUGACAUUUGUACAGGAUGAAAAUAUGAUCAGUUUCAUCAAAGGUGGCUUGAAAAUCAGAACAAGUUAUCAAAUAUAUAAGGAAUGCCUUCAGGUUCUGCAGAUGGCCCAAAGCAGCAAAAUCAGGAAUGAAAUAUUCCACCAGUUUGAAGGGGGUGUACAAUUAGGAAUAGGAGCUUUCAAUCUGAUGCUGUCCCUUUUACCAGGAAGAAUUCUCCGACUUCUUGAAUUUAUUGGGUUUUCAGGCAAUAGGGAACUUGGUCUUCAUCAGUUACGGGAAGGAGCUUCUGGUCCCACUUUACGAGCAGUAGUAUCUACUUUUAUCUUGUUGCUAUAUCACUGCUUUGUUUCAUUAAUCCUUGGAACAGGGGAAACCAACCUCCUUGAAGCAGAGACUCUUCUUCAACCUUUUCUUCAGAAGUUCCCAAAGGGUGCCCUCGUUCUGUUUUACGAUGCCAGAAUCAACAUAUUGAAAGGAAAUUUUGAAAAGGCUGAGGUAACAUUCCAGGACAGCAUUGCAGCUCAGCAAGAGUGGAAACAGAUGCAGCAUCUCUGCUACUGGGAACUGAUGUGGUCUUACUCCUUCCAGCAGAACUGGCUUCAAGCAUAUCGGUAUGCAGAUCUGCUUUGCAAAGAAAGCAGGUGGUCAAAGGCAAUAUAUGUGUUCCAGAAAGCUGCCAUUUUGUGCAUGCUUCCUGAUGCUGAUGUGAAAACAACAGGAGAAGAUAUUGUAGCUUUGUUUCGGCAAGUAGAAGGCCUAAAGCAAAGAAUUGCAGGAAAAUCUAUCCCAACUGAAAAGUUUGCUGUGAGAAAGUCACGACGCUAUGGGACCUCUCCUCCUGUGAAACUAAUAGUGCCUGCUCUGGAAAUGAUGUAUGUCUGGAGUGGGUUUUCAAUUCUUGGAAAGAGAGCUGACUUCACUGAAAAUAUGUUAGUAACUAUUGAAAAAGAAGAAACCCUUUUAAAAAAUGAAACUCAUCACAAUGAAUAUUACAUGGAUGAUGUAUGCUUGUUACAACUACUAAAAGGAUUGUGUUUGAAGCAUUUAGGAAGACUCUUGCAAGCAGAGCUGUGUUUCAGCCAAGUUAUUCAAAGUGAGAAGCAAUUAAAGUACGAUACCUACUUAGCUCCAUAUUCAAUGUACGAGUUGGGUGUUCUAUAUAAACAACAGGAUGAAAGAGGAAAAGCUAUAAGAUGUAUAGAAGCUGCAAAAAACAAUUACAAGGACUAUUCCAUGGAAUCCAGGUUACAUUUCAGAAUCCAUGCAGCACUUAGCAGUAUGAAAGUGACUCCUGCUCCAACACCAUGAUGCCUUCUGAGGUUGAUGUGUAACAUGUCUGCACAAGUUAAUGUUUGAAAGCCUACAAAAAUCAUGUAAAUGAUGUAACAAGAAAUGUAGUUUAUAUUUUCUAUCAUUUGUGAUAAUUGAAUGUCUGCCUCAUCAUUGUGAAUGCUUCUUUUUUCUAUGGUUCACUUCCAUAUUUCUGCUUAACAUUUUAGAGGAAAUGUUAUUUUGUUUAUAGAAAGAUUAAUGCUUGACAAUAGGGGAAUAUUAAAAAUUGCUGGUACAAUGAAGAGUAAUUCCAACAACUUAUUUUUUUAUGGAAAUACUAAUAUUGUUUAUGCAUGAAACUGUACGAUACAUUUGGUAAUAAUUUCAGCACUGCGUAAAGGCUUGUAUUUCUGCAAUACCUUUAUUAUGUAAUAGGAUUAACAAAAAAAAAUUGGCUGCUGGUAGCCCUAGACGAUGCUGUAUCUGGAUUUGAAGCUUAGUUUUACAUACCAAAGACUGAAUUACCAUAUUGUAGCCAAAAUAAUGCUUCAAGUCAUUUCAUGAAUGUUAACUUGCAUUCAGUGCAAUAUCCUGACCCUCUCUCUAAAGAAAGUUAGGAAAGGACUUUGAGCUUUCUUGGAUAACCUAGGAGUGUUUUUAAAAUAUAGGAAGAAAGUAUUUCUAAGUGAUAAGGGUUAUAAAUAAAGCAAAAACCAAACAAAAGAAAUGUUUCAGGUUUUGUUCCAUUAUAUCUAUUUAAUUCAGCAACCUUACUGGGAAUUCACUAUAAAAAUAUGCAACUAACGUACUGAAGAUUCUUAUGCCCCUCAUUAACACUGGAGGUCAGCAGGUUUGAUUCUAUUUUCUUCCAUAUAUUGUAGCAAAAUUCUUGAAUUCUAAUUUCAUAUUACUUAUGGGAUGGGUAUCCGUAAUGGUUAUUUAGCAUAUUACCUUAAUCAGAUUUUUAAAAACAUUUUGCAGUAACAAGUAAUUAAAUAUUUUUAUUGUGCAUCUUAGUCUCAUUAAUAUUUACGCAUUUUAUGUUGCAGUAUUUUAUGUCACAGAGCCUGCAGCAAAUGAUCAUGUUUGAAGACCUAUAAAUGCUACCUGUCCAGGUUUAGUGUUUUUCCAUAAGAAUAGAAAUGUGACUAAUCAAGAAUGUCUAUUUAAUUACCAUAACUGUCUAUGAAAGAUAUUUAUUGGUUUCAUGCAUACUAUAAGCUGUUUGAAAUUAGUUUUUUCCUUGUCUUUCUCUUUCUGUAUUUAAAUUAUCAGCUGCUAAAUAAAUGGAAAAGCUGGGCUUUUAAUUGUCAUGGACACACGCACAAAGUCCAUGUUCAUAAGCAGCGAGUAUAGGAAUACAGGAAUAUUUUUUUCUAAAUUUCUUAGCAUGGGUUCUUAUAUGAAUGUUUUUUUUCUCCAUUAGCUCAUUGCAAUUGACAUUUUACUUCUUAAUAUACUUUAUUCUGUAACAUCUUUUCCCCAUCUAUUCUUUUACUCAGUUUUUAUACCUUCCAGUUUGAAGAAAAGCACACUUUACAUAUAAUUUUCCAACAUGCUUAUACUCAAGCUAAGAAAAGAACUAGCGGUAAAACCAAUUUUUUUAUAGCACAUGUGGCUUUUAUACUUUUAGUCUGUGUGACACAAUGCAUGGUUAAUAUCUUAUUUCAACUUGUUACAAAUUUUAAGUGUUUAAAAAGAGAUUUAAUUAUUUCUUGCCUAGGGACCUCUCAUAUAUCUAGAUCAAAAGUAUUCUUCAUUUAUCAUUACAAAUUGGCAUUCUUGUGUUUGUUUCUUUGUCUAGAGUUUCCCAUCCAGGACUCCAUGAAUGUCACUAGGUUACUUAUUAAAUUCUGUUAGACAAGAACAUUGUAAAAAAUGUAAUUUCUAGAUUUAAAGAAUUGAAUGUUAAACAUAAGGAUACAGUUAGGCUUAAAUCUGUUUUAUUCCAAUUUAUAGUUUUGCGUUAAAAUAUUACAACUAUUCUAUGGUUAUAAUCUCUGUAUUAACACUGAUUCUUUUAGCGUCAUAUUGCUUAGAUAUCCAUAUUCUGCAUUAUUCCUUUAAUAAGAGCUAAUUAGUUUCCACCUUCUGAUAGAACCAUUAGAGACACAUUAUAUGUUUUUAUAAAAAAAGUUACAAAAGGAUUUUACUGGUGUAAGUUAUAGUGGUAGUGGUUCCCAUUUGAUUUGCACUUUUAUCGAGGCCAGGAAAUCAUACUCUAAAUAGAUUUAGAAAUUUUGCUAUUUGCAGCAAAACAGUCCAGCUUCUAUCAAAACAACAAUCCAUGCUCUAGAACUGAUUUUAAUAUUGGACUACUGUGGAUGUAAUUGACUGCUAUUUUCCUUGUCUUGUUUGCACUGUAUUUUGUAAAGCUGUCCGAAAUUAGUUUUAAAAAAUAAAUAAACUAAAAUGUAAACUAUGUACGUUUACUUGGAAACAAAGCUAUUUUGGUUAAGCAGAGCUUAGUUUAAGUAUAAAUAGGAUUUAAUGUUGAUUGCAGUAUAGCACAAAAAUGACAGCAGUGUAACUGAGCAGAAUUUGAAAAGAAAUUAUAUCUAAUCCUUCAUGUGAGUUGUCAAAGUUUUGUUAUCCUGCCUUUCUGUGACAGGCAACAAAAUAAACGUGUGUAUUUAAAUAAUUCUGCAGAGAUAAGUGUUUCCUUGACUAAAUAGGUUGCACAUUCAAUUGCAAGAAAAUUGCCAAAGUAUUUUUAGGAAUGUGAUGGUAUAUUGAAACUAUAA